AUGAAGAGAUUAUUCGCCAUCAGCGCAAUUGUUGCGACUCUUGCGGCACCGUACAUAGCACAAGAUAUCACGAGUAUACCACAAUGUGCUCAGCAGCCGAUUCUUGAAGCUAUCAGUGCAUCGGGCUGCCCUCUAACCGACAUUGCCUGUAUAUGUGCCAACGAGGGCUUUGUUAAUGGCUUGGUGUAACUUAUCCCCACGGUUUACACUACUAGCGAAGUUGCACUGGUUAUCGACUUUACUGAGACGCUCUGCUCUGCCUAUAAUGUCGACCUAAACCUUCCAACUAUGUCCACUAGUGGCACAUCUUUAACACCUUCCACUGCCAGUGCAUCCUCCAACUCAAUUACUGUAGCGCCCACUACAACGCGAAUUAGUUCCGGUAGUGCUACAGCUACAACCCCUACAACACUCAGCUCUAGCACCACUUCUUCAAGCCCUUUAGAAACAGCUGGGGAUGCGGCUAGCACGGCUCUGACAACUUCCACCGACACCGGAGCCACGGGGACCAGCGCAAGCGCCAGUAAAUCCAGCGGGCCGGCACAGCAGACAGAGAACGCUGCGGCAGCAAGUACUAUUGUCUCCCCCGCCCUUUUAGGUGCUAUGGCUGUGGGCAUUCUUGCGGUAAUCUGA